AGAAAAGCCAAACUGCCUCAACCUCACGGACGCAGUUUUGGAUCUCGUGCUGUGUUCCAAUUGAAUCUGUACUGAAGGGUUGAGCUGCAUUUGAAAAACAAUAUAGUUUAAGGCGUGUAGUUUAAAAAAGUUCAACAUGGAGUCUACGCGAGUCGAUGACUUCUCUAAGCAGAAAACGGCUUUCACAAGCACGAUCAAAUCUAGCAUGCUCGCUGAUGACAGCAAAAGUGUCAGCUUGGAAAGUGAAAAUGGAAGAUUAGAAGAAUUGGGCUAUAAGCCCGUUUUUAAGAGAGAAUUUUCUACAUGGGCUACAUUUUCGUUCGCAUUCUCGAUUUCCGGACUGUUCGCCACUGUUAUGACGACUUUCUCAUACCCAUUAGUAGCAGGAGGUGCUCCCUCUGCUGUCUGGUGUUGGAUUAUUGCCGGUGCAGGUUGCAUGUGUAUCGCUUUGGCAGUUGCAGAAUUGGUUUCAGCAUACCCUACCAGUGGUGGUCUGUACUUUACUUGUAAAGACUUGGUUCCCAAGAAGUAUAUGCCAGCUGUGUCAUGGGUUGUUGGAUGGUUGAAUCUUUUAGGACAGGCUGCAGGUGUUAGUAGUACGGACUGGUCGUGUGCUCAAAUGCUGCUUUCAGCUAUCUCUAUCGGUUCUGAUUUCUCUUAUGUUCCCACAAACAAGCAUGUCGUUGGUGUUAUGGCCGCAGUGAUUGUUUUUCACGGACUCAUCAACUCGCUCUCGACCCGCUGGCUUGACCGUAUCACUCGUUUCUAUGCUGCAUUCCAUUUGGCAGUUCUGAUUGCAUGUGUGGUCUGUUUGCUGGCGAAAUGUAAGGACUUCAAUAGUGCGAGCUUUGUGUUUGCCGAUGUGAACCCUAGCAGUGGAUGGACGCCUAGAGGCUUUUCUUUCUUGUUUGGUUUCCUUAGUGUUGCUUGGUGUAUGACGGAUUACGACGCAACGGCACACAUUGCUGAAGAGAUUGAGAAUGCUGCCGUGCUUGCCCCUCGUGCUAUCGCCAUUGCACUUUCCCUGACUUAUGUUCUUGGUGCCGGUUUCAACAUCGUUCUUGCCUUUACUAUGGGCAACAAUGUUACUGCUAUCCUUAACACAGCUAGUGGACAGCCCGUGGCGCAAAUCUUCUCUAACGUCUUGGGUAAGACUGGCGCAGUUUGCUUCACAGUAUUGGGUUUCAUCAUCCUGAAUUUUACGGGAAUUACGGCUAUUCAAGCGAAUGCUCGUACAAUUUGGGCAUUCUCUCGCGAUGACUUGCUCCCUUUCUCUAAAUACUGGUACAAAAUUAAUAAAACUACGACGACCCCCCUUGUUGCCGUAUGGCUGAACGUCGUUUUCUGUAUCGCUCUUAAUCUAAUCGGUCUUGGAAGCUUGGAAACCAUCGAGGCUAUUUUCAGUGUCUGUGCUAUCGCCUUGGAUUGGAGUUAUGUCUUGCCAAUUGCCUGUAAACUUAUUUUUGGAAAGCGUCUGGGUUAUAAACCAGGUCCUUGGAAUCUUGGACGGUUCUCUGUAUUUAUCGGUGCAUACGCCGUACUUUGGACGGCGUUUGUGUCAGUCAUCUUCCUUAUGCCUACUAUGCGCCCUGUCACUGCUAAGAACAUGAAUUACGCCUGCGUUGUAUUGUUUGUUGUGCUCUUGUUCAGUCUUAUCUACUGGUACUCCGGAGCUAACAAACGUUACGUUGGACCUCGCGUAAAUAUUGUUACCCUCGAUCCUAUUUCUGAUGAUCCCUUCAAGAUGAAGUAGGUGAAAUUCAUUUUCAGGCAAGGUGGUAUUUUUGUACAACUGCUUCGUAAAUUUAUUUAUCAAGCAUGAGCUUCUCUUUAUCUAAGAGAAUUAGUAUUUAAUAAGAUUUUUGGUUAUCUUUCAAGUUGAAUUAAGGUUCGUAAAUGAAGAAACCAAUUGUAUUCCAGGGAUUUCUACCGUUUACUCUUCUUCA